CAGUAAGUAGGGAUAUAGAGAGUAUAAUAGCUGAAUAAGUUAUAAAAUAAAACUGGCUAUCGUGACAACAUCAUAAAAUAAAUAUUAAAACUCGUUCAUCUGACUAUUGCUUCUUUCAGCCCAACGUCCUCACACGGAGGUGUAUAAGAGCUAGGCUGAGACUUCGCUUGUAUUCGCACAACGGAGAUGGCAAACUUAUUCAAUGACGAUUUCGUUAAAGCCUUCGAUUUUAUGGGAAUAAAUGAUUUGGACGAUAACGACGAUAGGAAGAAUAUCAACAACAGACAGUUUAGAGACAUCUUCAAACCUCGUAACUCUGAUAAACGUAGCUUAAGCUUACCAGAUACCGCUAAUACAUUCAAUAAAGCCGUAUUCCCCUAUUCAUACGCAUCAGAAAGCCAAAAUACCACGUCUUCAACCCACAAUCGUACUUUCAGCUACCCGUUCGUUAAUACGGUCAAGCCAAAGCAAACCGAUGCCAGGAGUAUUCUCAAUAAUCCAUCUUUGGAUAACCCACUCAAUACUACCAACGUAUUUAUACAAGGACUUUCACCACUUACAACUCCAGAGGACUUACAGAGAGCCGUCGAGCAAUAUGGAAUGACUAGCAGUGCUAGAGUUAUCAUGCAACCAAACAAGAAAACCUGUAAAGGGUACGGUUUCGUACAAUUUAUAAACACUUAUGAAGCUCAAAGAGCAAUUAUCGCACUCAACUGCAAAGGUAUAAAUGCUGCUUUUGCUAAACAAGAAAGUUUCACCGCCAGAUUAAGAAGAUUGGAGGAUGAGGGAUCAACCAACCUCUAUUUAUCGAAUUUACCCUUAGAUAUGGACGACGGGAAGUUGUCUGUACUCUUUUACCCUGCAAAUAUACAAUCACUGCGCGUCUUGAAGAAUGAAAACGGGGAAUCUCGGGGUGUAGGCUUUGUCAGGGUGAAGGAUAGACAAACAGCUAGCUACUUCAUAGACAAGCUACAUGGUAUCACGCUGUCAGGUUCUAGUCUUCCCCUUCAAGUUAGAUUUGCCGACAGCCAGUCACAAAAAGACUUUAAGAAACUCGCCACGCGCAAUAAACCAAGUCUUAAGACGAGUACAAGUUUGAGUGAUAUGUCAGCAUCUCUUGAGAAUGGCGCGGUUGAGAGUGCGUUCAAUAUUGGCUCAUUAGACCAGUUUCAGCUUCAGAUUCCACCACUGAAACAUUCACAUAGCUAUGAAUCAUUUACGCGGAUUCCACCGCCAUUACAUACGUCAGCAUCACUCGAGGAACUUUUCACUACUGGGAAUGCGAAAGUGAAGAGAAAACACUCAUUUGAUCCUUUCUCUGACGAGCUUUUUGACUUUAAAUCAUUCGGGCUAUACCAAGGCAACAACUCACAGCCAUCGAUAUCAAAUUCAAAUUCAAGUGCUAGUUUUCAAUAAAUCACACUGCAUUCACAUUGCAUUUACUUGUCAUUACGUUUGAAUUGAGUUUCAUUCUGCUAACAUUACUAACUUAUUACACUAUUUCUGUACGACUUCUUGAUUAACUGGCUUAUCU